AUGAAAGAGCAAGAGAGAUUCUUCCUAGAGAAACUCGCCGCAGCGUCCGAAUACCCAGAUUCCCUCCUCUACCAGGAUGAGCGACGGGCGACGCUAAAUGCACGCAUCAAGCAUUAUGCCGAGAAGAAACAUCAAGUAUUUGACGAAGAUUUGGGGAAGCGAGAGGAUAACCCGUUGAUCGUCAUUGAUUUCGGCACGGGUGAAUCUCCGACUGUGGGCGACUUCGAUGCCAACGAGGUUUCCAGCGAGGAGAGGUGUGGGAAGAAGACCGACUUACACAUCAUACGAAACAUUGACAACUUACGAAACAAGCUGUCCUGGCCGGAUCCGAAGCAAGGCCCGUGGAAGCCCGGAUACCUCAAGAAGGACCCCCCGUUGCGAGUGAUCCUGCUAGAGCGCAUGUGGCCUACCUCGCUGCUGCUGAACCUCGGCGAAGACGUACUGCUGGGGAUCCUAACCUACCAUCAGAUCCCAGCUCACUUCCUGACUUUCCUCACCAGCGGCGGCGACUCUUGGAGCUUCGCCAGCAGCAUGAGCUCCGCGGGCUUCAAAGGCUGUACGAACACCCUCUCGGACCCUGGUCAACAGCCCACAGGCUUGGCGGUGCUGGGUCGCAGUGGUAGGCACAUUCAGGUCUGCCUCACCUUGUUCAGCAUCCGCGAGUAUCCCUCACACGCGCUACCCCGAGACGCGAACCCCGCUAGAACACCGCGGUGGGAGACGCACUCUGCGGUCGUGUACGUUCAUUUUGACAUCAUCGAGGGCACGGCGGUAUGGUUGCUCGCUAGCCCCCGAUCGUAUCAUCUGGAAAGGGGUCACGGUACGCAGAACCUGCUUUGGAACGCUUUGAAAGACGACAUGGCGAGUGACAUGGGUUCGCUCCGGUCGCUUGACGUCCCCGAGCGAUUCCGCAUCAGUAUCGAUAAUCUCCUUGCCGCUGCCGAGUGGUCCAUCGGGAUGUUUUCGCGUCACGUCCAGGACACGGAGAAGAGGCUUCAUGACUUGACCAAGCCGUACGUUUAUCCGUAUGACGAUGACGAGAUGGUGAAUGACAAGGCAAGCGAAUCAAUCCACGCCCAGGACCUACGUAGAAUGGCGUUCUUGAUGGAAACUCGGCAUGGCAGUGUCAUGAAAUUUGAGAAUAACCUUCGGGUUCUCCGCCGUCUCCGAGAGUUUUUCGUGGAAGAUGUGGCCGGGCAUCUCGGCCCUCUCAAAGAUUCCCACGCCGAUGAGAUCCGGACGCAUAUCAAAGGCUUUGCGGAGAAGUUGACAUUGGUGAUGGCAGAAAUUGAGGACUUGUUGGACAGGGCAUCAGCGCUGGAUAAACUUGCGAGGAACAGAGAAGAAUACGUACGUGGCGACUAA